AUGUGGUUCAACGUCCACGACAGCUCUUCAUUCAGGGGUCUCGGGGCUACAUUCAACGCGUCGAUUAACGAAGUCUUCAUUACGCUUGCGGAACAUGUGAGAGACGGGGUUUAUAGCAUUAUCAGCCUCAAUGCGAGCUUGUACGCUGUGACUGUCGUCUGCGAGACGGACAAGGCGAGGGAGGAGGUUGGGGGUGUGAUACAGGGUAUGCAGCGGCGUUUGAAUAGGGAUGUGGUAAUUCCGGAGGGGGAAUUGGAUGCUGUGAGGACUUGGAAGGAGGAGAUGGGGUACGAUGAGAAUGAUGUGGUUGGGGAUGGGAGUGGGGGGGCUUCUGGGUAUUCUUGA